UAGGAAUGAAUGCAAGAGUAGCGGAUUUGAUUGAUGCUCCUAGUCGAACUUGGCGAAGUAUCUACUACAACAACACUUCCAGCCUAUUGACAGGGAACGAAUUAAAGCCAUACCUAUCCUAGCAAGACCUAGAGCAGAUAGUUGGUGUUGGGGGAAGAGCAAAACAGGACUCUACACAGUCAAAACCGCAUAUCACUAUUGGAGAGUGAAAAGGAUGAAUGGGAGUCCAGAACAAUAUGAACCAAUCGAUUGGUCCAGAUUGUGGCACUUGCAACUGCCCCCAAAGGUAAGGGUGUUUGUAUGGAGAUGGGGCUCUAACAUAUUACCUACAGGCGGCAACCUAGCUAAGCGCAUCCCAGAAGUAAGUGAUGAAUGCCCCUUUUGUGGACUAGUAGAAACCCAGGAGCAUAUAACCAGAGAUUGUGACUGGGCGGGCAGAAUAUGGAGGCCUAGCUACCUAAACAAACUGUUCAGCAUGGGGGAAGAUCAGAAUUGUGUGAGCUGGAUUUGUGAAUUACUUGAUCAAGCAAAGGACGAAGAAAUCUGUGAAUUCUUGAUUACGGUGUGGUUCAUUUGGAAAGAAAGGAACAAUCACCAAUUCAAUAAUCGAAAGUUGGAGGAGUGGGAGGUGGUGGAGAGAGCUCAACUUUACCUGGAAGAAUACCGGCGAGCUCAAGAUCGGGAUCUGCAGCCGGCGAGGUCGAAUCGGAGAUACAAGUGGGAAAAGCCGACGAUGGGAUACAAGGCGAAUGUUGAUGCCAGUGUGCUGAAAAAUGGGGGAACUGGAGUCGGAAUGGUGGUUCGCGAUAAGGAGAGGAAAUUUGUGAUGGCAGUUGUACGAAGGACUCGGGUCACCUGGCAGCCUGAGAUAGCGGAAGCAUAGGCAUUGUUGUGGGGAUUGAAACUCAUACAGCAGCACCAAUUGUACCCAGCAAUGAUGGAAACGGAUUGCCUAAGUCUGAUCUACAAAUUGCAGGGGAAGGAGGAGAUUAAUCUGGAAAUAGGUACACUGCGUGGAGAGAUAAGGGAGAAGGCUCAGGGCAAGGAGAUUCAGUGGCGUUUUUGGGGCUGGGAAGGAAAUGAAUCAGCCCACCAAAUGGCCCGAGUCAAUUGUAGAUGGGAAGAAAUCGAGGUCUGGUUUGACCGGCCACCAAUUUUCCUUUUACCUCAAUUGUUGAAGGACUGUAAUGCUUAUGCAACACAUGAUUAAAUAAAAAGCAUAUAGGCAU